AUGGCGUUCGAUGAUGGCGGACGUAACGGAUUGACUGAGAAAAGUUAUACGAAUUUACGGAAUAUGUGUUCCACUACAGACUCUGUAAGUAACCUUAGCAAUACUAUAGAUAGUGUUUUGAACGAGGAAGAUACAAUGCAAUGUGCAUAUAGUCCACAAAACUCUGAAAUAGUCCAUGUUCUGACAAACAAUCCAGUGAGCGAAAACCAACCUGAGCACAAUUUGGUUGAAGAGACAUUUCCCAAUACUGUGCUGACAAAUUGUACAUGUGAUUUUGAGUCGUUUGACAAUGUUCUACAAAAUCUUCCAAAGGAAAUGUAUAUUGAAAAACUGUUGCAGUUAACGUCCAGUAACGAACAGCUUAUAAUAGAAUAUAGGACAUUUCUUUGUAGCAGGGCUAAAACCAUUGAAGGGUGUCCUAAGGGAAACCUCAUACAGCGUAGAAACACUAAAGCCAACCCAAGCUCAGUAAGAUACGCAAAGGACUGUUUUGCUCUUUAUAUAUUCUGUAAUGGUGACAAUUCGCAUCUAUCAGAUGUUUUUGACAAAAAACAAGAUAUUUCUGAAAUAUCAAGCGCAUUUACCAUAGAUCAACACUACAUAACGCAAACACUUGUAGAACGUAUGCAUGAACUUGAAGUCAGCGCAUCAGGCACAGACAAAAUUAUUAAAAACAUGCAAAAAACUAUAACAGAUCUCAAAUCUAAAAAUUCUUCAUUAAUUGCGGAAGUUGAUAAAAUGAAAAGUGACAUAGAAGUCCAUGCCACAUCAUGUGAAACUUUUCGUAAAACCACUAAGGCACGUCUGAAGUGUGUUGAAGGUCUUGACUUUACUGAGGAACAAGCCAAAUCUAAAAAAAUCAGCAAUGAAUUAUCUAGAUUGUCCAAACUUUGUCAAAGUCUACAGAAACAAUUGUCUGAUAUAAAGAUGUCAAAGUCAUAUACUGCUGUCGUUACCCCACCGAGGGCCCCAGAUAGUCAGUCUCGGAUCAGUGAAAGCACUUCGCGGUCCAGUGAUCAUUCACAAGGCUCGGCACCAAAUAACGGUACAACAGAGAAUUCCACGCGAAACACACAAGAAUGUCCAGAUAAAUGCAAAGUACAGAAAGAAGUUACUGAUGAAAAUCAUAAUGCACCAAAACAUCAGUCAAGUGUAAAAUUAAGUGAUACUAGUAGUUCCUGUCCAGCACUGACAGACAGUAGCCACUCAAAAAACAAUAUUCCCAUCCCUGUGCAUAUUUCCCGGAAGCCCGACUCGUUUGUAGCAAAACAAUCUGGUCUAAAUCAAGCCCAUGAUCCAAAUCAAAAACGAGACGUAUUUCUCGGAAUAACGCAUCAUAGACGGAGAAACGCUCAAUUUUACCUCACGGGCAUAGACUGUGACACUACUCGGGAUGGCAUUAUUAACUAUGUACGAGACAGUAAUAUCCGUGUGACGUAUCUAUCCUUAUUCCAGUCCAAAUAUAAUCAGGACUGUUUGUCUGCGAAAAUCCACGUUCCCGAAGAAAAUCGUAAAACAUUAUGUGCGCGUUCAUUCUGGCCUCACGGAGUCAAAUGCCGUCCAUGGAUCAAUGCACAUGAGAGACAACGAAGUCGCCAAAACGAUUAUAAAGAUACUCUUCACAAUGAACAAUCUUAG